AAUUUACAACAUUAUCGUUUUGACAGCGAACAGAGAUCAGUGUGUGCGUUACGUUAAGGGGCCAGUUUAAAACAAAUCUACUGUACUUGACGUAAAGAGUUUUAAAUGCAGUUGUAAUUAACUAAUUUUGGACAAAAAAAGUAACUUACUUAAAGGACGCAGUGAUAAUUGUGAUAGACUAAAGCUAUAUAUUGUUUGCGAUUUUGGGCUGAACAUUACGAUCGUAUACAUGCUGGAGAGAAACUUAUUAAAUACAACAAUGAGCGACUCUGAGGAAAGUCAUGGUGACCCUAGCAGCCCCGAUCCUCUGGGCCUCGGACCGGAAGCAGUGAAGAAGGUGUCACCGGAAAUAGAGACCGACUCGCUCCCGGAGAAGAUACAGGAAGCGGUGUCGCAUGUACUCAAGGGAUAUGAUUGGUCCUUGAUCCCGAUGCCCCAGCGCGGCCCUGGCGGCGAAAAGCGAAGACCGCACAUUAAGCGGCCGAUGAAUGCGUUCAUGGUGUGGGCGCAGGCUGCGCGCCGGAAGCUCGCGGAUCAGUACCCGCACUUGCAUAACGCUGAGUUAAGCAAGACUCUUGGAAAACUUUGGAGGUUACUCAACGAGGAAGAGAAGCGACCGUUCGUCGACGAGGCGGAGCGUCUCCGCGUGCAGCACAAGAAAGACCACCCCGAUUACAAGUACCAGCCGCGGCGCCGAAAGCCGCUGAAGAACCCCAACCAAGACAACAAUAACCCCAACCCACUCCCAAAGGGCGCCUUGUUCAAGGGGAUCGACGGCAGCUCGCCGUCAAACAUGAGCGAUGACAGCAGUGACUGCUCCAGCACCCACAACCCCCACGGACCGCCGACGCCGCCCGCUACGCCCAAUCACCAGGAGCUGAUCAACCUACAGAAGUGCAUGAAUGACCGUCUUCGCGGCCGACAUAUGCCAGGCCAUACACAAGCACAUCCGAUAGACUUCAGUCGGGUGAAUCUUGGAGACUUGGCCGUACCGGAAGUGAUGCCGCUGGACACGUUCGACGAUCACGAGCUCGACCAGUAUCUGCCUAGCGGAAUCCCGAGCAGCGGUCACAUGGGCAACCACAACCAAUCAGAACAGUACUCCUCGUGUUACCAAGGCAACGUGGUGACGUCAUCCACCUCGGCCUGGUCCAACGUGUUCCGCCCCUCCACCGGCUCAUGUAUGCAGUCAUACUCGCAGAACGGCAGCAGCUUGAACGCCAACAACGCCAGUAACAACAGCAGCAACAGCAGCAACAACCAGAUAAGCACCGCAAACACCAGCAUUCCAUCCCCAUACGACCUAUCAAGCGCCAACUCCCCUACACAGACCGCACACUCACCGAACGCCAUCCAUAACAGCCACCAGACUUCGUCUCCGAACGGCGGCAUGCACAGCCCGAGUUACCCCGGAGGCGUCGGAAAUCCUGGCUGCAAACUGCGUGACGAAAUCGGCGAAGCCGGCGUAAAGAUCGAGCCCGUAAAUCACUCGAGAGGUCCGGCGCCUCGGUACCAUUGUGAUACGAAAUUUGACUAUAACAGCGCGGCGUUGUCUCGAUUUGACGGCAGUGCUCAUCAGAAUUUGUCGUACGCUGGUUCAAGUGCGCAUGCGCAAUACAUGCACUCGCUGAACUAUUCGCACAUGGGUGUGCCGAGACAGAUGUUCAAUCCCAUCGCGGCCGCCGUUCCGGGGGAACAGCUGUGGGAGCGGUACACGUGAGCGCAUGAGCACGUGCCUGUCACGUUCUUUUUUAAGGAUCCAAGUAUUUUUGAUCGUGCGAAUUCCCGCCAAAGUCGGUGGACAAAAAGGCGGGAAGCCAGCCUCAAGGAGGGUUCCGAUUCACAAAGUGCUACUUAAACAGGAAAUCAUUGUUGAUCGGCUCGUCGUUGCUAUGGGAUAUAGUGUUUUAGAGACAUGUUCGUGCACUGACAUAAAGAUACACUUGUGAAUAGUGUGUUAGUGUACGUCCGAUAUAAAAUCACAAGUCAAAAUGAUUUUAGAUGGUCGAGAAUUGCUUGACAUAAUUGCUAUUUUAUUAAUUUAUUACCACGUAUUAUUUUAUAUCCAUUUGGACCCAUAAUAAUUGUUAUUUGCUAUGAUUCCAUUUUCAUUUUGCAUAAUUCUUUGAUUUAUUUUCAUUGUAUGCGUGUUCUACUGAUGUAUGCCUAUAAUAUUACUUAUUCAUUUGUGUUCACAACACAAAUAAGGUCCCGACUGCAAACUUUAUAUAUGGGCCGUGAUCUGUGAAAAGGGGUUUAAUGCAUGUCCGUAAAGUGUCGUCUCAGAUUAGCCUUUGCAGUCCGCACAGGCGUAUCAGGGACGACACUUUCCGUUGUUAUGAUAUUUUCCGUUUACAGAAAGUCUCUUCUUAGCAAAAAUCAAGUUAAGGCGGAAAGUGGCGUUCCUGAUUAGCCUGUGCGGAUUGCACAGGCUAAUCUGGGACGACACUUUACGCACAUUCAUUAAGCCCCCCUUUCACAGAGCGAGGUUCAUAUAUACAUGUACAUCAGCCUCACCAAAGUAGUUAAUUCCUACCAAAACAUAUUUAUCAUUUUUCUAGAGAUAUAUUUUUAUAACAUGGACACAAUGUCUAACAAGGAGUCACAAAUAUAUAUAUUUGGUUCCGGUAAAACGAGUUUUAAUUGAGUUUAAAGAAGUCAUUAUGGAGAUUUAAAAGGGCUGUGUAUACAUAUUUCUAACAUUUCUGUGAUGUUCCUAAAUAUUGUUAAGAAGUGGUUGCCUUUAAGACAGAAAAAAGUCACAAAAACAAUUAUAUGUACUUACUUAAACUUAUAACAAAUUAUGGUCGUAUAACCGGAAACAAACGUACUUUGUUGACCCUAGAUAAUAGUCACUCAUUAUAAUGUAAACCAAAAAUGAACCGACACAAGUAGCGCAGCAUUUUAAAAAAUAUUUUAUAGUCACGUAUUUAUACAAAUGUCACUAAUUAUAGUAUUGCUUGCAUAUUUAUAUACGAUACUAGCUUUCGUUUUGUCUGCAAUGCACUAUGAAAUGAUGUUUUAAUGUGUCACCUAAUGUAAAAUAAACCAGCCAAUCGGUAAUGAACAAUGUGUGUUGAAGAAAACCACAAGUGCUUCAGAUAUUUGAUAACUGUAUAUGUUUGUUAGGUUGUUGGUUUUCUUGUAUUAAUUACAACAAGAUGUUUUGUUUUUAUCCUGUUAUGUCUCUAAGCAUAGUGCAAAAAGUCUUAAACUGUCAUAUUUUAAUGUACAUAUAUGUUUGAAUACAUGUUUGAAAAAAUAA